AUGGUGACAAUAUGGCAGAGAGAUCUCCAGCCAGCCCACACCUUUACGGUAUGGCUCUUGGCACAUGGGAGACUACCGGUGCGAGCUAGACAGGAGUACCUGGAGGAUAGACUCUGCACCUUCUGCAGACAUGAUGAGGAGACGAUGGAUCACAUUUUCUUCAGAUGCCAGACAGUUCAGCAGCUGUGGGGACGAGUCAGAGGUUGGCUACAGAUGCGCCCCCAGAUGGCUACCUACAGGUGCAUGCUGAGGACAUUCCGACGACAGUACCAGGGGACCUCCACUUUGGCCAGGGCUCGCCACCUUGCCAUGUCAGCGAUGGUGCACCACAUAUGGAUGGCAAGGAACUACAGCAUGUUUGAGGGGAAGAGAUUUGACGGUGAGCUUGUCUUCAGGAAGAUACAGAUACAUGUCUUCAGGACGCUUGGGGUACUAGCAGAUCAAGUACUCAGACAUGAGUGA